CCGGCCCCGCCCCGCAUCCCGGCCGUGCGCUGCAUCCCCGCCGAGCUCAGCUGCUUCGGGAACCGUUCCCAGAGCUCCUGAGGCCCGAAAUCCCAGGCCUGGGUGGCCGCUGCAGCCGGGCGGCUCGGAGGGGAAAGAUGGCCGCCCUGACGACGGUCGUGGUGGCGGCGGCUGCCACCGCAGUAGCCGGGGCUGUGGCGGGGGCGGGCGCGGCCACCGGGACCAGCGUGGGAGCAGCGCCGGUGCUGCAACAGAACAAUGGCUGCUGUGGUGCUUCAGGGGGUAUUCGUCCUUUUCACCUUCAAAACUGGAAGCAGAAAGCUAGUCAGACUAAGAAAGCAGAAUUCAUACGCACAGCAGAAAAAUUAAAAAAUCAAGUUACUAACAUAGAAAAAGAUAAACACAGUCACUUCUACAACCAAAAAAGUGACUUCAGAAUGGAGCAUAGUAUGCUGGAAGAAUUGGAAAAUAAACUGAUUAACAGCAGGAAAACAGAAAGAGCAAAAAUCCAACAACAAUUGGCCAAAAUACAUAACAAUGUAAAGAAACUUCAGCAUCAGUUGAAAGAUGUAAAGCCUACACCUGAUUUUGUUGAAAAGCUCAGAGAAAUGAUGGAAGAAAUUGAAAAUGCAAUUAACACUUUCAAGGAAGAGCAGAGGUUGAUAUAUGAAGAGCUCAUUAAAGAAGAGAAAACAACGACUCAUGAGUUGAGUGCCAUAUCAAAAAAAAUUGAUUCAUGGGCAUUGGGUAAUUCAGAAACAGAGAAAACUUUCAGAGCAAAGUCAAGCAAAUUUCCUGCUGGCAAAGUAACAUCAGGUUCUCUUCCCGAAGAAGUGGUAGAUUUUGAAAAAUUCCUUCAGCAAACAGGAGGGCGACAAGGGGGCUGGGAUGAUUAUGAUCACCAGAAUUUUGUAAAAGUGAGGAACAAACAUAAAGGGAAGCCAACAUUUAUGGGAGAAGUUCUAGAACACCUUCCUGGAAGGACACAGAAUGAAGUUCAGCAGCAUGCAAAGUGGUAUCAAAAAUUCCUGGCCCUAGAAGAAAAGAAAAAAGAGUCUAUUCGGAAUUGGAAAACCCAAAAACAGCAAAAAAAGGAGGAGAUUUUCAAGUCAAAGGAAAAGGCUGAAAACACACCUACACUUUUUCAUAAUAAACAAGAAGAUAAUCAAAAGCAAAAGGAAGAACAAAGAAAGAAGCAGAAAUUAGCAGUUGAAGCUUGGAAAAAACAGAGAAGUCUAGAAAUGUCAAUGAAAUAUGCUUCCCAGUUAAAAGAAGAAGAAGAGAAAGAGAAAAAACAGCAGAAAGAGCGCCAAUGCCAGUUUAAACUAAAAUUGCUGCUAGAAAGUUACACCCAGCAGAAGAAAGAACAGGAAGAAUUUUUGAGACUUGAAAAGGAGGUCAAGGAAAAGGCAGAAAAGGCAGAAAAAAGGAAAACUGCUGCUGAUGAAAUUUCCAGGUUUCAAGCAAGAGAUUUACAUAAACUUGAACUGAAAAUUCUGGACAGACAGUCCAAGGAAGAUGAAAAGGCAGAAAAACAAAGGAGACUGGCAAAAUUAAAAGAAGAGGUUGAAAACAAUGUUAGUAGAGAUCCCUCUAGGCUUCACAAACCUACCAAAGGUUGGAAAGAACGAACCAAAAAGAUAGGACCAACAGGUUCUGGGCCACUUCUGCAUAUCCCACAUAGGGCUAUUCCAACCUGGAGACAACAAGUUCAGAAAAGAAUAUGAGAUCAUGAAAUUGGUAUUCACCUGAUGAGAAUGUUGGCAUAUUCAGUUAUACAAGGAGAGAGUGACUAACCAUAUUCUUUAAAUAUUAUACUAGUGAGAUUGGUUAUUGUGUUGUAUGUGAAUUGACAGGUAUUGAUUUCCAUGUGGCAUUGGUACUAGUAUUUCCUGUUUAUACUAAGAGGGAAUUUGAUAUGUAUGUUGGCCUAUUAUUGAUGUAAAAGUUUUUUAAAUAAGUUUAUGCUACACACAUUAUUUCAUUUAAGUACCUGGAACACUUCAAAGAUAUCUUGCUUUUGUCAUUGCAUAGCAAAAUAAAUUGAAAAAAGCAGAGAGUAACAUUUUUUAACCCAAAAUUUUGUAACAUUUAUAACUUGGAAGUAAUUAGCUUGAAUAAUAAAAAAGUUUUGGUUUUUUUUUGAGUUAUGAAAUGAGUUAGUACUUUUUCUAAGUUUAACAAGUUAGUGGUUUGUCAGUUAUUACUUUUUUGUGUAAUAAAUAUUUUGUAUUUGUUUGAAGCAUGCUUUGUUUUAUAAAGAGAAUAUUUAUUUUAAAAAUAUGCCUUUCACCUCAUAUAUACCCUCUUAUUUGUAUUACCGAUACCAUCUUUUUGGUUUCCUUUAGCUGUGCCAACUUUGCCUUCAGCCUUUCUGGACUUCACAGAUGUAUAAAAUCUUUGCGUCUUUCACA